AUGUUAACUCAAAACUUGUUUGAGAUAAAUAUUGACUACUUGGCCAACCUAGGGUACUUCACUGUCGAUAACACAGACCGCGGUGGAGAGGCGUGGUUCAGAGUUGAUAAUUUCAAUAAUGAUGGUCUAGCUUAUUUUGCUUAUGUAAAUUCUUACUGGCCGGUAUUGUCUAACAGUGGGGAAAUUUGUUCAAGAGCAUCAUGGACCCUGGCGGAAUCUUACAGGUAUGAUGGCGGAUGUGUGGCACUUGAUCAUAGUACUUUUGAAGCCCAGAGUGUUGACGGUGAAGCAGUAUUCUGUUUUUCAGGGGAAUGGUCCGAGAUUUUUAUUGGUGCGAUGUAUGACACUGUCCAAGUGGCUGGAUUAGGCAUUCCUAAUACCUACAUCAGAAUAAGAGCGGAAGGCGAAUAUGAGUUUUCUUACGAUGGAAGCAUUUUAAGUAUCAUCUACGAGACUGGUACCGAGUACAAAUUUGAUAUUGGUCCUGGUUAUGAUGCGAACAAUUUCACCAUUCGUAAAGGCGACCCUUUGUUAACCAUCAGCUACAAUAUUCCUUUGGAAUCCGGGCUGGGAAACGAAUGUCCAUGUGUGUGCAAUAGAAUUCUACAACAGUCUGCUCCAAGGGAAGAAGAUUUCUAUAUCAGCACUGACUCUAUGGAAGAAGCCACAAGUGGUUCGGAGGAUAUAGUUGAAACUCAAACUACCGAGACAGAAUCCGGGGAAGACCUACCAAGUGAGUCCACAGAAGAAGAGCAAACCACAGAGUUCGAAACGUCUCAGUUUGAAGAAUCCAGCGAGCAAUCUGUUCAAACAUCGACUGUUUUGGAGUCUAGCAGCGAUUCUGGGAAUAAUGGGGCAGCUGCUGAUGCUGAAACGAGUGCUAUCCCAGAAUUUACUUCUACCUAUGUAACAACGGUGGUUGCUCCCAGUGCUGCUUCUGGUAGUGGAAUUAUUAAUGAGAUACCCAUAAAGGGGUUUUUGGUCUCUGCGAUAGAAAUCGAAACACACUAUCAGGUUGGUGGAACCUUCGUAUAUCCAAGCGUUGAAAAUAAAGGUCUAUUGUCCCCUGUUGACAUCGAAUCCUUUGACGUACAAGCCAUCUGGAAUUCAAACGACUUUUAUGUGGAAACGUCGACCAUAGCUGGGGAUAGCUAUAAUCUCCCAUUGAGGAUCACCAAUUGGGGAAAUUUCCUUACCAUUUUAUCGGUUGAAAAACCGGUUGAGAUCCACACGGAAUAUGUCGUCAACUUUGGCUACUUCGCCCUACAGAAUAUUAACAAUUAUGAGUUGUUGCUUGGCUUGCAGGAAUUUUUCAAUUAUAAUAUAGCGUAUUUUACCAAUGUAAAUGUUUCGGGGUUUGGGAUUGCUGGAAGUGGAACCCUGUGUGCAAGAGGGUCAAGUUUCGAUAUGGUGUAUUUCCAGGGAACUGGUUGUAUGGUUCUUGAUAAUAGCACUUAUAAAACUGCUUUAGUCUUUGAUGACCACUACUUUUGCUUUGCUGGUGAUCGUUCCGAACUUAGCAUCACAUCUUCGGAGGGUGUGGUUAUUAAAGUCGCCGGGUUCGGUAUGCCACAUAUAAUCAAGGUUCCAAAUUAUGGAUCCUAUCAAUAUUCUUAUGAGUUAGGAGUUUUUAGACUUGUAUUCGAUUCUGGGGUCACUACCCAAUUUGAUAUUGGUUCAGGAUAUGAUAUAAGAAAUUUCACGUUUAGUAGCACUCAGGAUGGGUUAAGUAUUGGUUACAAUUCGAUUGUGGACUCCAGAGUGGGAAACGAAUGUCCUUGUGAGUGUGACUAUGAGGUUCUACCACAAUCAGCUCCAAGGAUCGGAGAAUCAUAUUCUACUUUAAAACCUAUUUUGGAACACCCCACUGA